GGUUAGGCGUGUUUCUGUGGCGUCCGCUCAUCUGAAUCAAAACCUCGACGACGAAAAUGCGCCAUUUACCUGUUAUCUGGAUGCCACUGGCCCUGGUCACACUUAUUGCCAGCCGGGGAAUAAUCGGCUUACCCACCAAGUCACAACUGCGCCAGUUGAUCAGUAUGAUCCUCUACGAGGACCAAUUGUUCGACGACGUCCUAUCGGAGAACGUGAAACUGGACGAUGUCGAUCAGAAGUUGUCUCCGUUUAUCAAGGAGAAGGUGCCAGACAUCAAAAACGUCGACCCACUGGUGACGCUAUAUGCGCUAACCUCCACUCACCCAUACUAUUCAGGCGAUGACCUAAACUUAAGCGUGACCAUCGUCGGCACGUCCAUCAUGUGCCUAACGUACAAGCGCGUGGCCCUUCACCUGGCGCUUCUCAUCGGGCUGAUAGACAACAUGGACGGUCGAGUGCAUUUCAAAAUGAGGUCUAGUGUUUUCGCUCACGCCAUUCCAUUCUACAUGGACAUGUUAUCGUCCGUCUAUAAAAAAUUCGAUGAUCUGUUGACUGUGUACGAAACAGUAUUCGCUAUGAUUUCGUCAGAUUCGAUUGACCACGAAACUAACCUUGUAACGUUGAAAAACGAGCUAGGUAAGCUGAACGCCGUCAUAGCUUCAUCUUGCGUAGUCAACAAAAUGAAGGAGUACUGUAGCAGCCUAAAACUGAGUAAGCUGGAAAAAUGCGAGAACAUUAUUACCGAAGACCAGCAGAUAUCCGACAGCGUAGAUGUCAACACUUAUGUCGAAUCUCUAAAGGAAAACGAGAACGCUAUAAUGAAUCUAUUUGACGAGAUGGACUUGAUCAGACACAUGGACAGAUACAUAUGGAAGACCUUUUUGAAUAUACCAGAUUUACCACUUGAUGAUCCGACUCAAUUCAAUAGGACUGAGAAGCCCACGUACAGGGAUGAAGUUGAAGAAAUCAUAGAGAGGAGAAAAUCUUCUAUAAAAUAUGACAUAAAAAUAGAAAAUGCAAAUAACGGCGAAAAUAAUCAACCACCACCGGCAGAUACAUCGGCAGCAUCUUCGGAUACAGUGGCACAAACGGAAGAUAAAUCAGAAGGAUCUAAGGAUUCAGUGACACCAGCGGAAAAUGAACCAAAAGAAUCUAAGGAUGAUCCAGUGACUCCAGAAUAGAAUGCUUGGUAUUCUAAUACGUUCGUUGAUGUUCUAUACUUACUCAAAUUAAUUGAUUUUUGUAAUUUAUACAUUACAUACAUUUAUUUAUACCUUAUAUACGAACCAUAUAUGUUGUAUUACUAUAAUAAUAAUAA